AGUUAUUAUGACGCGUUAACGUUAUUUGAAGCUUUAAUAUACGUUGGCGUGAGACUCGUCGACCUUAUUGCGCCGCAAACACCGCGAUGUCUAUUUUGGGUAGAUAUGUUUAGGUGUAACUAAUUAUUGCAACAGUCGCACUGCAUGCGAGCAAAACACAACGGCAAAGUCAUAAGGCAAAAGACACGACACGCAUUUUAUUAGCGAGUUGGUUUUAUUUUUAUUGACGGACAUCGCGAGCAGCGGUUUAGCGGCAUGUGGUGUAAUAGAACAUAAGUGGCGCAGCAGGCGCGCGCCGUACGUUGGCUGCGUGCCCGCCCAGCCGCCAGUCCCCGGAACGCCGGCUCGAUCGCCGCUUGCGCCGCGCCCGCACGCACCCCAAGCGCACCAUCUCCAGCGCACCCCAAUAUCCUUCUACUUCCUGCUAUAUUUACUAUGGUUACGCACUUAUUCAAACCCGAUAGAAAUUCCAUGAAACGAUUGAUAAUGUACAAUAUUAUGCUAUUACUUAUCGAGUAAUUUUAAUAUUAUCGCGCUUAGAAAGUCUGAGAAAUAGAAGCCGGUUCAUAGCAGCCGAUUUAGGUCGCCCGGUUCAGUGCUAGCAGCGGGAUAUUUUUAUUGCCACUGUUGGGUGCAGACGUACGAGCGCCUCGAGCACGUUGUUAAAUCAAUUAUUAUUUAUAGAGUAGAAUCGUAAAGCUCAUUCCAUAAACAUUUGCAUAUGUGUUGUCGACUGUAACUUCCUUUAAGAUCGGGCGGGAAUUGCUUUCGAAAUACUGACAUAGUGUGUAUGAUUGGAAUGUGACUGAUCGUUUAAACUUAUACCCAAUAGUGCGGCAUUUAGUCAAAACCGUAGUCAUUUGUGAAGUGCAUUUGUGUAAUUUGUGUGGUGUGUUGGAAAUAUGCAUCACUUAUAUCCACUAGCGAAAGGGGAUCCGCUCUGUCCGCUGGGAUUCCACCCACAGGUGCGGUGGCCGACGCGAUGCAAGCGCUGCUUCCGCGACUACAAGGAACAUGGAGGUGGCCGCAAGAAAGAGGAUGAUUUCACAGCAUCUACACCUAGUCUUUCCAGUUGGAACUCGCCGACGUCACGAAGUCGUGAUGAAGAAAAUGGCGCAGGGGUGGAGAAGACAGGUCGCGGCUGGGCCUCUAGUACAAAUCUCAGCUCUAUCGAACCUCCCAAGAAAGACGCCUUCUCCACAGGGUUCAGUAGAAUCAGUGCAUCGUGGACGUCGACGCCAGACUUGGGAGCCAAUGACACAGACACCACGACUGCAGUCACCUUCAGCCUCAAAUUACCUAAACGGAAGCUCACUGGACCCUUAACCUCCCCGGAUACGGGGCAAAGUAAUACCGACACAGUGACGUUACGGCGACCUUCAGCAUCGCCACCCCCUGCAGCCGCGGUCACCAUCACAAAGAACGACUCGCUCGCGGAGCGCGUACGCAAGAUGCAACUUAUAAAAAAUCAAAACAGCUUCGAAAAGGAAUCUAGUAUGGAAAAAGAGAGAGAACGAAGAAGUUUGUCCAGAAGUAAAGAAGAAGAAAAGCCAGUACGAUCUAAAGAAGAUAGAACUGCCACAAAAGACGAUGUAAAUUUUUUAAUGCAGGUAAAAAGCUCGCGAAAUUCGUCAUCAAACACAAAACCCCCAAUUCGAGGCGGACCGUCGCGCGAGAGAGAUGAAUCUGAUGACGAUGCUAGUACAGCUGGCACGGUCACCACGGAAACCACUCUCGUAGACGCCAAUGUUAAGGAAUAUCAGGAGCAAAUUGAAAGUCUAAGACAAGAAGUUGACACACUGAAGAAACGUUGCGAGCGAGUUGAGAAAGAAAAAAGUGAUAUUUUGCUCCGACGGCUGGCAAACAUAGACACGGCCAAUAAGUACACGACGGGGCGGUCCUCGGAAGUCUUAAAGUUGCAACAGAAAGUCAACGAACUUACAUCUCAGAACGAAGAUUUGAAGGAUGAGAAGAAACACCUCUCAUUAAGAGUCAAAGAGAUUGAAUGUGAAUUAGAGUCUCGACCAUCCGUUGAGGUGCAAACGCGUCAAGUAGAACAACUACGGGCAAAGUUGCUUGCAGCUGAAACCCUCUGUGAAGAAUUGAUGGACGAGAAUGAGGACAUGAAAAAAGAACUGCGAGAUCUCGAGGAGGAAAUAGAGGAAAUGCAGGACAAUUUCAGGGAAGAUCAAGCUGAUGAAUACUCUUCAUUGAGAAGAGAAUUAGAGCAAACAAUAAAAAAUUGUAGAGUGUUAUCGUUUAAGUUAAAAAAGACUGAAAGGAAAGCUGAGCAGCUGGAACAAGAGAAAGCUGACCAGGAGAAAAAGCUUUUAGAAAUAGUAGGCGGGCAGGAGGGUCUGCAACGAGAAAAUCGGAUAAAGGAAUUGGAACAGGAGGUUGCACGAUCAACAGAGGUUGCGCUUCGACUACAACGUGAACUAGCCGAAGCUAAUAGCAAACUCGCAGCGGCCUCAGGCGCGCCGCCCGCCAACCUCAAAAAACAACCGACUAUUGAUGGGAAAAUAUCACGAUCGUCCCUUACACGAGGAGGUAGUCAGGAGGAUCCAGCGCAGUUAUUGCGAGAUCUACAAGACUCGCUUGAACGCGAAGCUGACUUGCGAGAACAGCUACGAAAUGCAGAAGAAGAGGCUAGCCGAUAUCGGCAACGCUUCGGAGGCAGAAGACUACCUCCAUCGACGAAAAUUUCACAACCAUUCCAUCCCGAUCUAAUUCCACCUCAGAAUACUGCUGCAAAUUAUUCUGAAAAUAUUGACCCAAAUUCAAUGCAUCGCAUUCUCGAAAUGCAGUUGGCUUUAGAAAAAAACUUAUCUUCUUUCGAAACCAGUCGCUUAUCCAUCGGAAUUAACCAAGUGGCUCAAUCUCCACACGAUCAUAUCAUGACCUAUUGUCAGGGUUCUCAAACCGAUUUUAUAAUAAUGAACGAUGAAUCCACAGAUACUAGGAAAGUUACAUUAGAAUCAACUGUGCAAUGCAACAAUGAGACAUUAGAUACGUAUGUGCAAACUGAUAUAAUCUAUAUGAAAAAUAAAAACAUACAAACAGAUUUUCUUUAUAUCAAUAAUUUUACGCAAACGGAUAGAAAUAAACUUUGUAACGCAGCUAUACAGACUACUAUUAUGCAUGUCACUGAUAAGUCGCAACAAGCUAAUACGGGAUUCGUGAAUGCUAGUACAGAAACUGAAAUAAAAAAUUUGUAUAAUCAGAGAACUUCAACUGAUUUACUUGAUGUAAAUGAAUUACUCCCAUUAAGUAAUGAUAAUAAAAUAAUGACUGGUAUUUCAAACGAAAUUCGGAAAGAUCAGAAAGAUAAAUCUGACAGUCCGCCUCUUUCCCCUGAUAAAAUUGCAGCAGGUCCAUCUUCUUAUUUCUCUUUUCCCUUUGCAUCAUUAUUCAGUCCCUUGGCAGUAAGAUUACCAACUAUAGCCCGUAAAUUAUCUCCGACACCUCCAAAUAACAGACUUGCAAUUGAAGCACCCAACGAAAAAGAUGAAGGAAUAUCUGAUGAAGAAGACCCAGCUGAAUUGCGGCUUCUACUUGAACUUAAUGAACAAGAAGCGGCUGUCCUUCGCAGAAAGGCGGAAGAAUUAGAACAAGAUAGAGAUUCAUUAAAAAAACAAGUAAAAGAACUUACAGAUAAAAUUGCUAAUGUCACAAGCAAAACUUCAAACACUACAGUAACUCUUAGACGAAAUACUACUAAAAGUAAUAAUUUAGCUGAAGAAAAAGUAAAGGUAUUGGAAGAUGAAAUAGCUGAAUUACGAAAAAAAUUAAUUGAAAAAGAACGGGAUUGUGAACGUUUACACGCAGAACUUAGCCUCGCACAAAAGAAACCUAAAGCGUCUUUAAUUAAAAGCAAAUCUCUUGAUAGUACAAGUGAACAACAAAACGUAGAUCUUAAACGACAACUGCAAGUAAUAGAACAAGAAGCAAGUGUUUUGAGAAGUAAAACACAAAGUUUAGAAGCUGAUAAUGAAAGACUACAAGCAGAAAAUAAAAAAAUGCAGCUUCUAAAAGGUACUAAAACAUUCAAAUCAGAUAAAUCUUUAGAACAAAAUGCAAAUAAAAUUAGUCAAUUGGAAAAGGAACUAAAAGAAGCAUUGGAAAAAAUAAAGGAUUUAGAAAGUAAUAAAGAAAAAGCUGAAAAGAAAGUUAGAUUUGGCAGUGAAACUAAUAAGAAAGAUGUAGACGCUCUGAAAGUCAAACAAGACGAAUUUGAUAAAUUGAAACUUAAUUUUAAUAAGAUAGAGAAAGAAAAUGCAAAAUUACAAGCUUCCUUGAAAGCAUUGAAAGACGACGCAAUAAAAUCCUUUAAACCAAGAACUCCUAAAAAACUGACUGACAUGACAACUAAAUUACAAAUGAAAAAAAUGGUAGAGGAACUUGAAAAUGAAAUAGGUGAAAUGUAUGUAGUAAUGAAAAACGCUGGAUUAUCAUCUAAUAAUAUUAAUGCUAAAGCUCAACUUGAAAAAGACAUGGAAGAUUUAAAGUCUAAACUGUCUAAUAAUGAAUCGGAAUUCAUUAACGAAAAGAAUCGCUUACAGACUGAAAUAGGUAAAUUAAAAGAUUUUAAUACGAAGUUGGAAAAAGAUAAGGUUGAAUUUAAUGAGAAAUAUAAAACUAUACAAACACAAUAUGACAAUUUAGUCAGUGAAACAAAAUCCUUGAAAGAAAAUAAUAAAAAUUUAGAAACAAAAAUAUCUAAGUUAAACGUAGAUCUGAAAAAUGCAUCCUCACAACAAACAGCGAUGACUGAGUGUAUGAAGAAAAUUGAAGAGCUUAAAAAAGAAAUGGAUAUUAAAGAUAAAGAAAUUGAGAAGCUAAAAAAACAAAUUGAAAAUAUUAAUAAAUUAGAACAGGAUAAAAACAAAUUGCUCAAAGAGAUUGGAGAUAAAACUAAAAAGCUAGUUGAAUUGGAAAAGAAAUUAAAAGAUACCGAAGAUAAAUACAAACGUACUGAAAAACAACUCGGUCUUCGAAAAGAUCGUGUAGCUAAAUUAGAAAAAGAACUAUCAGAAGAAAAAGAACAAGCAGUAGCACUCUCCAAUUCAAACAGACGUUUAUCAGUAGAGUUUAUAAAUGAAAAAGACGACUUACAAACAAAACUGUUUAAAUCUGAAAGCAGACUUAUCGGUGUAGAAGCUGAUAUGAAAUUAAUGAAGACCGAAUACGAAAAUAAAUUAACAAGCCUGGAAUCUACUAUAGCUGCAAAAGAUAUUCAUAUAAAACAACUGGAAGAUGCCUUGCGGGAAACUUCGAAUCAAAAAUAUGAUGAAGCUAUAUCAUCAGUAGAAAUGGCACAAAUGCAAGAUAAAUUAGAAAAACUAACAAAAGAUCUUGAGGAAAAAGAAGAUGCUUUAACAAGUACCAAACGUGACUUAAAUAAGACUGAGAAGGAUCUAUCUACAAUGCAAUCAGAAGCUUCACAACUGAAAUCGAACAUUGCAAAAUUAGAAAACGAGAAAAAGGACCAUGAAAAUAAAUUGCAAGCGGAAAAAAAAGAAUCUAGUUACUGGGAAAGCAAGGCAUCAGAACUAGAGACAGACUUACAGGCUGAACGCAAGAAAUUAGAGCGAAUACGUGUCACUCAUGAUAAAGAUAUUAAAAACAAGGAAGCAGAGCUAGCAACAUUAAAGGGUAAACUAAAAAUAUUAGAACAGACUUCUGGUGCAGGUACAAAAAGAAUAGCUGACCUCAAGCAAGAGUAUGAAGAAACAGUCAAAAAACUAGAACAUUCGUUAGCAGUAGAAAAAGCAGAGUACGAAGAAUUGACCAGUAAAUAUGAAUUACUUGAAGAAGAACAUGUAGUAACUAAGGCCAGACUUACUGUAGAAAAAGAACAAGCACAAGGAGAAUUGCUACAUGUUCAAAAAGAACUAAAUGCGGCAUUAUCAAAUAUUAAAACUAUCCAAGACAAUUUUGAAGCACAAUCUGCAGCAUGGCAAAAAGAAAAAUCAAAUAUGCAGACUGAGAUAUCAUCUUUGCAAGAUCGAUUAUGUGGUGGAGGAUGGGAAGUAGAACGUGCAAGAUUAAACACACGUUUAGAACAGCGUGAACAAGAGCUGCGAACAGCAACUGACAAACUUGAUGUACUCACACACCAUCAUGAUUUAAUCAAAAAAGAGUUGGAAGAAGUUCGAAAGAAAUCAGAAGACUACGAGAAAGUGGCCAAAGUACAUAGGAACCUAACGGCGGAUAACGCUGAAUUAGAGCGAGAGCUGACAGCAUUGAAUACAAGAUUGGAGCAAGCAGAAAAAGCUAGAAAAACCGAGCUUACGGACACAAAGAUGCGAUAUGAAGAUCAAAUGAAUACUAUGCGAGAGGAGCUAAAAUCGUUGCAUAAUCAAGUGUCAAGGUUCAAGCGAGAAAGGGAUAAUUAUAAGCAGAUGUUAGACGCAGCUCAAAAAUCAAUGGCAGAAAUGAAAAGCAGUGGUAACACAAGAACUCAAAGAGCUUCAAUAUCCAGCACUGAUGAGGAAGAAUAUCGCAGCAAAGUAGCUACCUUGGAGCAACAAGUGGCAUGCCUUGAGGACGAAUUGUGUGAAGCGCGAAUGCUGUCUUCUAAACUCAAUACUGAGCUCGUGAGUGAAAAAUCUGCAGCCGAGGUGCGUCUAGCAGAGAUGCAAUCGAGAUUAAACGAGUACGAAGAGGAGCGACUGUUGUCAUCGGGAAGAGCACGAGUGGCAGGUCUAGCAACGCGAAUGGAACUCGCAUGGCAUAAAGAGCGGGAUGAACAGCAACGUCUCCUUCAGGAAACUUCCACACUUGCGAGAGAUUUGAGGCAGACUUUAUUCGAGGUUGAACGUGAACGUGACAAGGAGAGAUUAGAUAUGAAGAGAAGAAUCGAUCAAUUGAAGAGAACCACUGAAGAAGAAACAGAAGAAGCUAAGAAAAAGGUGACAGAGUUGCAGUGCGACCUGCUUGAGCUGCGCGACGCUCACGCGAAACUCCGUACGGCCAAUGAGAAGUUGCGCCGCGACAAAGAGCGCCACGACCGCGACCGCGACCAGAACAAGCUGCUUGUGGCCUCGCUCAAGCGCGCCCAGCAGGAAGACGACAGAAUAAUAACACAGCUGCUGGAAACAAUAGAGGAUUUAAUGAAACAGAGUCCAGACCUGUUCCGCACCGAUUCCAAUAUAAAACCUGAAAAGACUCUGAUGACACCUACACCGCCGAGACGAAACAGAUCAUCAAAGUCCCGAUCGCGGUCAGCAACGCCGGAAAGCGCGGAGGCCAACAGUGCUGCGGAGGCGGCAGCGACCGCGGCGCGGCUGCGUCGUCUCACCGAUGAGCUGCGAGCUUCGCGUAUAGCUGAGCGCCAGCGUAGGCAGCAAGCUAGUGCCAGGAGAGCUAUGUCAACGGAACCGCGAGACACGCUCUCUGUGACGCCAGCAUCCCGUACGCCUUCGCGAGCGCCCUCUCUCAAGAAACGCUCCAUCUCACUGGAGCAAACUACCAAAGAACAGAGCUUAAUUUGGAAAUCUGUAGAUGAGAGUAGUGUCUCUUCGAUGCAAUCCCUAGACGGUGAUGACGGCCGUUUGUUUACGAUGCAACGUGAUACCAGUCUCGAUAGCCGUUUGUCCGGUGGAUCAGCUCAAAGCGAUGUAUUGCCAGGAGAUAAAAAGAAAAAGAAGAGUUUAUUUGGCAAACUGAAAAAACUCACCAAAUCGCGAUCUAUAGACGAUCAAGUCGAUCAUCCAGAAAUAGUUGAUUUUAGACCAAUCGGCACUGUUUCUCAAGGUUCAGACUCUGAUAUGAGCGCAGCGGGAAGCAAACGAGACUUGCGUGGACGACUUUCUGAUAUGUUCAGCAGAAAAGGGCAACUGUCACGUGGAAACAGCAAAGAGCUGAGUCCGGAGCGUCCUGUCAGUGCGAUGUCGGGCAGUGUGAGCGGAGGUGGAGCGGGAGCGCGUCCAGUGUUACGCAACGCUAGCGCCGCUACACUCUCGCGUACUUCACCAGCUAAACCUCUCAAAGCGAACGAAGCCCCCAGCUCGAGAGCAUCAAGCGCUACCCCCGCAGCCAAAAGGAAAGGGAAAUAACUGACAACUACUAUUUUUCUCACUUUACUAUAGUGUAUUUAUCCAUUCUUUUAUGAUUUUCCACAUAGCAUGUAAUAUCACAAUACAUACAUAUCGACAAUUAUGUAUAACUAUCGACACAAAACAGACAGAUCUCUCGAACCCUGCCGAGAAUGUGAGCAUUUGCCAUUCAUUUGAACACAUCAAUCGGAAAAAGAAUAAUUUAUAUAAGUAAUAAUGAGUAUUAACUCCCUAAAAUGCUUAACCUCUAUUAAUACAGAUCAUAGACUUGUGAUGGAAUCGGCAGCACUAUCGAUAGUUAUGCAAGCCUAGUAAUAGUUAGUCACAACAUUUGUACAGCGACGGCCUAAACACUCCUAAAAUCCUAUAUCCUUAAUAUUAAAUCUUUUAGUGAGACAUCCUGAUUAUGAUUGUUAUUGUUAUGUCAGGGGCUCAGUAGUGAUUUCUUGUAAUUAUGUACUUGUAAUUUUAUAAUAAAACUGUUGAACUAA